AGUUUGGGAAGUAGCACGGAUUGCUCAUCCGAUCCGUGCCGCCGCAGCGAGUGUGUCAAGUUACAGAGGCGCCGGAAUCGGCCCCAGGGCUCCUCCGCAGUGGUCACGGCCCGCCUCUGCCCGCGGGGCCCUCCAUGUGCGCCCCUUCGAUCCGCGACUGAACCGGCUCGCCCGGCAGACGCGAAGACACCAAGAACCAGACCCAAGCCGACAACUCCGCGGGUGCUUGAAGGGGAAGGCAGGGCGGAAAGAAAGCCGGCCGCAUUCCCCCAAAUUUCCUGGACUUGGAACGUUCUUUGAAGUAACCUUUUUUCUCACCUGAGUGUACCCAGAUUACCACUGGGUGUGGGUUUUUCUUUUUUUUUCUUCUUUUUCUUCUUCUUCUUCUUCUCCUAGUUUUUACCCUCCUGCUGCUAAUUUUUCCAUCUUCUUUGCCGGGAGCAAAGGAAAGGGACAUUUUCCAGGACGCAAGCCUUUCCCCCCUGCCCCGCAGUUUGGAUCACGCCCUUGGGCAGCGGCUCUCGCCUUUAUUUAUUCUAUUUAUUUAUUUAUUUGUUCUCAAGACGCGAGGGUAUGGUAGCGGAGCGCGCCCGCAAAGCGGCGGCAGCCAGUGCCCGCGGCCCUGGAGAGCUGGGCGCGCCCGGGACCGUGGCGCUGGCGGUGGCGCCGGCGGAGCGCUGCGCUCGGCUGCCGAGCCCGGGGUCGUGCGGGAUGCUGGCCCUGGCCCUCUGCUCGCUGGCACUCAGCCUGCUCGCCCACUUUCGGACGUCUGAGCUGCAGGCCCGGGUGCUGCGCCUGGAAGCCGAGCGCGGGGAGCAGCAGAUGGAGACGGCUAUUUUGGGACGAGUCAACCAACUGCUGGAUGAGAAAUGGAAGCUCCACAUUCGGAGGCGCCGGGAGACCCCAAAGACCUCUCCAGGGUGCCACUGCCCACCUGCUGCAGAGCCUAUGACCAAAGACCUCCUGCAAAGAAGUUGUGGCUUAUGGGAAGUCAGAGCUGGAGGAUGUGGGAUCAUCUUCUCCUGUGCCCACUGUCACAGCAGGAAAGGGGGCCCAGGGAGGUCCAGAGGUCCUGUUGGAAGACCUGGACUCCCAGGAGACAAAGGUGCCAUUGGGAUGCCUGGACGUGUGGGAGUAAAGGGCCAACCAGGCGAGAAGGGGGCUCCAGGAGAUGCCGGGAUGUCCAUCAUCGGUCCUCGUGGCCCCCCUGGUCAGCCAGGCACUCGAGGUUUUCCUGGAUUUCCGGGUCCCAUUGGGCUAGAUGGCAAACCGGGCCACCCUGGACCAAAAGGGGAGAUGGGACCUCAAGGACAAAAAGGAGAAAAGGGUCAGUGUGGAGAGUACCCACACCGGCUGCUGCCUCUCCUCAAUUCAGUGCGACUGGCUCCACCCCCAGUCAUAAAAAGGCGGACCUUCCAGGGUGAACAGGGCCAAGCUGGCAUCCAAGGCCCGCCAGGGCCACCAGGCCCCCCUGGACCAAGUGGACCUCUGGGACACCCAGGACUGCCAGGGCCCAUGGGGCCACCUGGCUUACCUGGGCCUCCUGGACCAAAGGGAGACCCGGGGAUUCAGGGCUACCAUGGACGAAAGGGAGAACGGGGCAUGCCAGGGACGCCGGGCAAACACGGAGCAAAGGGGGCUCCUGGGAUCACCAUGGCUGGGCUGAAGGGUGAGCCAGGGACCCCCGGAGCCAAGGGUGAAAAGGGUGCUGCAGGCUCCCCUGGGCUACUCGGCCUCCUGGGACAGAAGAUGGAGAAAGGAGACACUGGCAACUCCAUUGGAGGAAGCAGAGGGGAGCCCGGCCCCCCAGGGCUCCCUGGGCCCCCAGGGCCAAAGGGAGAAGCUGGUGUCGGUGGCCCUGGCGGCUCCCCGGGACAGCAAGGAGACAAGGGGGAGCCUGGAGCAGCUGGAGAACAGGGACCAGCUGGCCCCAAGGGCUCCAAGGGAGAACCAGGGAAAGGUGAGAUGGUGGAUUACAACGGAAACAUCAGUGAGGCUCUCCAGGAGAUCCGGACGCUGGCCUUGAUGGGGCCACCUGGUCUUCCUGGCCAAAUCGGCCCACCUGGAGCUCCAGGGAUCUCAGGCCAAAAGGGGGAGAUUGGACUGCCAGGCCCUCCAGGACUCGAUGGGGAAAAGGGACCUCGAGGCAAACCAGGAGACAUGGGCCCUUCUGGUCCCCAAGGCCCCCCAGGAAAGAUGGGGCCUGCAGGAAUGAAGGGAGAAGAUGGACACAUGGGGAGCCCAGGAGAGAAGGGAGAGAAAGGCGAGGCAGGGCAGGCAGGCCCGCCGGGUUUAGACGGCCCAACUGGGGAGAAAGGAGAACCAGGUGGCCAAGGGAGACCAGGAACGACAGGAUUGCCUGGCCCCAUCGGGCUCCCAGGAUUUACAGGAGAGAAAGGAGAACCUGGCGAGAAGGGUGACCCAGGAGUGGAGGUUCCUGGGCCACCAGGGCCAGAGGGGCCUCCUGGACCUCCAGGGCUCCAAGGCAUUCCUGGACCAAAGGGGGAAGCAGGACUAGAUGGACCGAAAGGAGAGAAGGGUGUCCAGGGAGAGAAGGGAGACCGAGGCCCUCUGGGAUUACCCGGAGCUUCAGGUUUGGACGGCAGGCCUGGGCCACCGGGCACUCCGGGACCAACUGGAGUUCCAGGCCCGGCGGGACCCAAGGGCGAGAGGGGCAGCAAAGGUGACCCUGGGGUGACAGGACCAACGGGAGCAGCUGGGCUUCCUGGUUUACAUGGACCACCUGGGGACAAAGGAAACCGGGGACACCGAGGUUUUAAAGGAGAGAAAGGGGAGCCGGGGUUACCAGGGCUGGACGGACUGGAUGCCCCGUGCCCAUUGGGCGAAGACGGCUUACCAGUCCAGGGCUGCUGGAACAAGUGAUGCCUCUAACCUGGAUUGGCCUGUGUGUGUGUUUGUACAUAGAAUAUUUAUUUUUAUACAGUUUUCAGUUUUUGAAAACAUCAGAAGUAUGAUGCAUCUUACAGAUUAUUAAAAAAAGGAAAAAUCUGCAUAUUUUGUACAGAAAAUACCAACCUCUUCCCUUUUGUUUACAAGAUGUUUUGUGUAAGUCUAUGACUCUAAUACACUUUUUGUUUGUGAGUACGGUCAUAUGUUUGCAUGAUAUUUGUGCACAUUUAUUAAGUAUUGAAGCUUAAUAAAUUAUUGUGUCUGGUGCCAAAGGGGGCCAACCAGUACUGAGGUGCUGGCUAGCUUAUGUGUGAAUUCACAGAAACAUGGAGCUCCGUAGUGUUUGCCAAGCUAGGUGUGUCUAAGAAUAUUUUAAACUCUUAUGGAUUUUCAUUAUUAAAAAAAUGAAACAUGGCAGUUCAUGAUCCUGAUGAAUCGUUAUAUUAAAUACAUUCUUUCUUGUGAAAGCAGGAAGUCUCAGAAGAAACAGGGGUCCUCAGAAGUACAGUGUAAUGGUUUGAAAUGUUAAGCCCAACAGAGGGAGGAAGGACUCUAUUAAGCAGUCUGUUGUAAUAUAUCCCAGGUUUAUUGCAGUGUCAUUUGAGCAUUUAAGGUUCAGUUUUGCUGAACCGCCCCCUAGGGGCUCCCAGGGUUACAAAAGACUGGCUAUUUGCUACUGCGUGUUUUUUUGUGUGUGUUUUUUUUGGUGGUGGUUGUGGUUUUUGAGGUGUUUUUCCUUUUGAGCUGCAGCCACUAAUAAUAGCUAUUGCUGAUAAAGAUCUGCAAGGUCCGCUGCUCACAACUAGAAGGCGACAAGUUUGCCUCAUUGCCAUUCCACUCUAGCAAGGAACACUCAGAAAACACCAAUCUGGGCCAGACCUGCACCCUGAAGUUGUGUUUAGUUUUUAAUAAACAGA